AUGGAAAACUUCACCAUCAACCUCUCCGACCUCCACGUCCCCUCCCUCGCGGAGUUCCCGCACCUCCCGCCUGCCUCCGACUCCCCGGCGCAGAAGCGCCUCUACUGGUUCUUCCGCGGCCUCGAGUCGAUGCUCGAGCGGCACCUGUGGCGCAUGGAGCCGUGGCUGGAUUUCCUGAAGACAACGGGGCUGCACGAGGAUGAGGAGGCGGAGUUUGAUGAGCUUUGGCGCCAGAAAUGCGUGCUGGAGGAUGCGGUCAAUUGGGCGGGCAGGCUGUAUGGUGGGGAUGAGUAUGAGGAGGCGGUUUGA